UGUGGAUGUUUAUGGAUUGUAAAGUGAAGUUAUACAAAUUCUUUUAUAAUUUAAUUUCAAUGUUCCAAAAUGAAUGAGAAAUCAGACUGUGAUAGCGGCAUGGCUGUUCCUGGUCCUAGUUCAGCUAAUAAAAGCUUUGACAUAGAGAAUGACUCAAAUAAUGGUAGCAGUAUGCUUUCUCCUUCUCCUCCAAAGAAAAUUACUAAAAGGCAAAAAUUCCGUGAUGCUUGGCUGCAGGACCCUAAUUUUACAUCAUGGCUGCAGAAAUGUGAGAAUCCAUUUAGAGCUAAGUGUACAGUUUGCAACAGUAUUUUCACAGCUGGGAAAAGUGACCUGCUGAAGCAUAUGAAAACAGUGAUUCAUAGAAUAAACAUACAAAACAGAAUAGUAGAUGAAAAGUUUCGAAAACAAUACGAAGAAAGGUGAAUUGCGAUUUUGUAUAAGAAAUGACAUGUUGAAAUUAUUCAAUUGGGAUUGCUUGAUUUGGUAAUAGUUUACAAUUCGGUCCGUACCUCCGAUUUUCUUCAUACUUUAGUAUGUUGAAAGGGGCUAAUUAAAAAGGCAAAAUAUCAUUUUAAAAAAUGUCACAAACAACUAUAAGUACCUUUAGUUUUAAGUUAAAUUCGUAACCCAAAACCAAGCGAACCCUAACCCGAACAUAACCUAAACCUAACUGGCUAUCAAUAUAAGUUUCACUUUUUUUUAAUUGUAAAGCAAUUCUUUUGUUAUUUGAGU